AUGUUAGAGGCAGCAGCGACCUCCUUCGCCUCAAUCCUCGUCCUAGGUGCAGGCUUCGCCAUUGCCGCCUACUGCUACCACAAGGGCUACAAAUGGAUGGUCCUCAAGAAGAUGGAAAAUGCUUUCGCACCCGGCGAUCCCGUCCUCGACCUCGCCGCCAUCGGCAAAGACAUCCCCCUUUCCAAGACUGCGGCGGCUACCCACUGGGUUCAUAGGCCUGAGCAAAGCCUGGUCGAUGAUGUUGUGGCUGGGCGCACGGGGGGUCAUUACCAUCUGUUUAUUGGUGAGAAGGGUACGGGGAAGAGUAGUAUGCUGCUGGAAGCGAUGCGUAAGAUCAAUGGAGAGGGAGUGGCUAUGUUUGAGGCGCAUGCCGAUCUGGAGAUUUUCCGGAUUCGGUUGGGCAAGGCGUUGGAUUAUGAGUACCACGAGGAUUAUAUGGGCAGCUACUUCAGCGAGCGUGGGCCGAGGGAUACCACCGCGCUGCUGGAUAUCGAGAGAGCGCUCAACAAGCUGGAGAAGGUCGCGCUGAAGCGGAGGGCUAAGGUCGGCAGGCCACUCGUGCUCAUCAUCAACCAGAUGCACUUGAUCCGGGAUGAUGAGGACGGCAAAGACCUGAUUGAGCUGCUCCAACAGCGGGCUGAGCAGUGGGCAGCCGCAAAUUUGGUCACCAUGAUCUUCAACAGCGACGAUUACUGGAUCUAUGAGCGGCUGAAGCAGCUGGCCACGCGAAUGGAAGUACAUACCAUCAUGGACCUGCCCAAGGCCCAGGCCAUUGCCGCGCUGAAGAACUAUCGAGAGCGAUACUUUGGCGAGACGCCGUCUCACCACCUGCUGGAGCAAGUUUAUGACCGGGUUGGCGGGCGGCUGAACUUCUUGAACCGGGUGGCCAAGAGCGAGGACAUGCUCGCCACUUGUGACAAGAUCAAAGAGGCGGAGAAGACGUGGUUCUUGAACCAGUGCUGGAUCCUGGGUGAGGAGAUGGAUGAUGAUGUGAUGGAUCAGCAGAAGUGGGCGGCCGCCGCCGUAGUCCUGGCCACUGCCCUCGUAGACAAAGAAGCCGAAAUGGAAAAGACCUACGACCCCGAAACUGGGCAUGUGCUCCCCUCCUUCCCGCUGCACAAAGCCCAAGAGAUCAUGACCCGCGCCGACUUCGUGCGCGCGCUGGACCGGCUGAACCUAUUUAGCAUCACCAGCGAUGCGCAGGUGCGUGCCAGCUCGGUACCGAUGCACCACGCGUUCAGGGAAAUCGUCGCGCAGCCUGGCUUCCGUGAGCACCUUCAGGCGACGAUCGAUCGGAUUGCCGCGAUCGAGAGUCUGGGACGCACGAGGGAGCUGGUAGCGAAGGAUCUGGUGCAUGGGGCGAAGUAUGAGAUUAGGAAGGUUCCUGGGGGUGUAGAUGUUUCUAUUAGGAAGGAGGAGGAUGAGAAGGAUGAUUGA